AUGGUCCUACCAGCCACUGAGGAGACAGCAGACUUGUCGUCUGAUCACAUCAUGUAUGUGGUCAGAAGACUGAGUCCUUUCACCGAUUACACAUUUAGUGUGACGGCAAAAAACAUCAUUGGAGAAGGACCUUCCACAGAAGUUACAGUGAAAACAACUGAACAGGUACCCAGCUCUGUUCAGAAUGUGUCCUAUCAGAACCUGACCUCCACUUCUAUCCGUGUUACUUGGGAGCCACCGCUCAACCCUAAUGGCAAGAUAACUCACUACACUGUGUAUGCAGAAAAUCUCCUUACAAAUCAGCAAUUACAAAAGAUGACAGACACCACCACCGCAGUGCUCACAGGUCUGGACAAGUACAGCAGUUAUAAGGUACGUGUGGCGGCGUCCACCGCCAUUGGGGAAACUCCAUUGACCGAUGAAGACUACAUCUUCGUUAUGACACUAGAGGAUGAGCCGGAUUCACCCCCGCUGGAUCUGGCCAUAGUGAAAACCACCUCCUCCACCGCUACUCUCACCUGGUCUCCGCCAGAGAAACCCAACGGCAUCAUCCGCCUGUAUGAGGUCUCCUACACCAACGGCACAUACAGCAACACAGUCAACAGCACAUCGCCCAGCGCCACACUGCGUUACAUGAAGCCGUACACACAUUACAAUGUGACUGUCAGUGCGUUUACGCUAUACGGACACGGGAACCAGAUUUCUGAUACUCUACAGAUGCUGUCGGGGGAGGAUGUGCCUGGCAGCCCACCUUACGAUUUGACCUAUGAGGACAUUGGAUCCAGCGAGGUCAACGUGUCAUGGUCGGCCCCCCUUCUCGCUAACGGCAUCAUCCUCUUCUACAACGUGGAAUACUGGAAUGCCACACACAGUCUGAACCAAACCACACAUGUGCCUUAUGUCACCCUGUCCAACCUGCGAAAGUAUGCACGCUACCGCAUCAGCGUGCAGGCUGCCACACAGGUCGGCAUGGGCAACCACACAAGCGAGAUCCUGAACAUCACCACACUGGAGGAUGUGCCGAGUGGUCCAGUCCACAACCUCACCGCUACGAUCUACAGCUCUACGGCUGUUGUGAUCAGCUGGGACCCUCCUCUGGAGCCCAACGGCAGAGUCUUCUAUCAGCUGAGCCUCCAAGAGGCGGGAACAACCCACCCAUCCAUUAACCGCACAGUCAACAUCACUAUCACCAAAACUACCACAGACAACAUCUUCCUCUUCACCAAGCUCAGGAAGUAUUUUCCCUACAUCAUAAAAGUCACCCCUGCAACCAGUGCAGGAUCUGCCGUAAACCACACUGCAAUGCUACUCCUGCUAACAGAUGAAGACGUGCCAAGUUCUCCUCCGUUGCCUGGAGCUAGUAGGAAUCUCUCCAGCACCUCCAUCCAUGCAUCAUGGUUCCCCCCAGUAGAGGCCAAUGGCGAGAUUUUAGAUUAUGCUCUAGUUUUACAGGGUCCUGGGACCGUCAACAAAACCUACACCACUGAAACACACCUAAUGCUUUCAGAACUCACUCCAUUUACACCUUACAAUCUCUCCAUCGCUGCGGUCACCCGCAUAGGUGUCGGGCCCUCUGUGAUUAUUCCACUGCACACUGAUGAAGCAGUCCCAAUGUCUCCACCACACGAUCUGAUUAUUUUUAACCACACUUUGAAUUCAGUGUGGCUUCAGUGGGAACCUAGUCCAGAGCCAAAUGGAAUCGUCCAGCACUACGGAUUCCGAAUACUCGAACUAAACACAUACACUUUCAGAUAUCAGAACUCAUCGGAUGCGUCCACAAAAUCAGAACUGAGUGGAUUUAGACCUUAUAAUUCAUAUGAAAUCAGCGUGUGCGCAUUCACUAGAGCAGGAAAUGGGGAUCAGUACAGCCUGCCUGUCAUAUUCACUACCAAUGAAUCAGUGUCAGAUGCCGUUGGGAAUCUAACCUGCUCUGGAUUGGAUUGGAAUUCAGUGUACAUGGAAUGGGAGCUUCCGAUUCAUUCUAAUGGAGAGAUUCUGUACUACCUCAUUCGCUCUGGAACUCUGGAGGAGGAGGCUCAUCCUCUCAUGCUCACACACAAAGUGGCGCACACUUUCAUUGGCCUGUUGCCUGACGUUUUCUAUGUCAUCAGCGUGGCUGCAGUUAAUUCAGCCGGAAUAGGGGAAGAAACCAACUGCACUGCACACACUCCACCAGAGUCAGUUCCUGGUCCCCCCCAGUUGCUGACCAUAAUGGACGUUACCUCUGACAGUGUGUCUCUGAGCUGGGAGCGUCCCGUCCAUGUUCCUGGUCUGUUGCAGGGUUAUAAUGUAGAGAUUCAGCAAUUGGCAAGAAAUUGUGAGCAAAAGCAGCAUAUGGAGUCCUGCGUGGAGAGUGGGCUUGUGGAGUGGGUUGAAGGAGAAACCAGUGGAGUCACACUUUCCCCUCUGCUGAAAUAUAGAGAGUAUCGUAUCAGACUGGUGGCGUUCACCAGGGCAGGAGCCGGAGAACCCUCCGUCUGGAUCCACACACAGACACUCGUAGGAAACCCUGAUGCCCCCCCUAGUGCCAUAUCAGUGUUUCCUUCUCCCACUGGGUUAAAGAUUGUGUGGGACGAACCGUCGGUCAUCUCAGGGCCCACCUCAUACAUCAUUGACAUCACUGCUUUGGACGGUUCGGGAUAUAACAUAAGCCUAGUGCGGUAUUCAGAGGAGAUCAGGGCGGUGGUUGUCGGGAACCUGACUGCAUUUACCCUGUACUCUAUUACCAUCACCGCCUUCACGGGACAGCUUUCCGAUGCUCGCACAGACGGCAAAGCAUCUGAACCCGUCCUCGCCAGAACCCUGGAGGACGAGCCCAAAGAUCCUCCCAAAAACGUGACAUUGACGGUGAUCCCAGAGGAAGUGACACGUGUUUAUGUAACGUUCUCUCCACCGGAUGAGCCGAACGGAAACAUUAGUGCUUACCAUGUCGCCAUCUAUCGCAACGGACAACUGGACUUCUACAUCAACAGCCUGCCUGUGAUCAGCAACCCUAAUAAUACCAUGACGGCCAUUAUAGAUGGACUGAAGGGUGGAUUCAAUUACAGCAUAAGGAUAGCAGCUGUGAAUGGAGCAGGUUUAGGACCAAGUUCAGAGGUUCAGGUCACCACAGGUGUGAAAGCACCACCCAAACCGUCGAGGAGGCCGCGGGCUGCUCUGAACAACGCAGGUGUCAUCAUCUCUACCUCCAAGACCAUCACCAUUGAGAUGCCUGAGUGUUUCUUUGCAGAUGACCAUGGACCAAUCCAAAAAGUCCAGGUCAUUGUUUCUGAACCAGCAGUGAUGGACUACGGUAAUCUGUCAAACUGGAAAAGUGUUUUCCUCUACCCUACCGCACCGUACCUGACCGACGAGGGCUUCUUGAACCCAAAGUGCUUGGAGAAAGCAGAGCGCAUGAGCACAAACACUAAAACAUACAUUAUAGGAGCAGAUGAGGGCUGCCUGUCUGAAGAUGCCAAGACACUUUGUAAUGGACCCCUCAAACCCAAAACAUAUUAUGUGUUCAAAUUUCGGGCAACAAACAUCCGUGGGCAGUACACAGACUCUGAGUACUCAGAUAGGGUCAGAACAGCAGAUAACCGCCUGCUGACCAGAGAUGAGCAGAUCAUUCUUGGAGUCCUGCUGUCAUUUUUCCUGGCGUUGUUUUUAAUUCUGAUUAUAUAUGGAUCUGUCAGGAUCCACCGCAGGCAGAAGGAAGGUGGGACAUACUCUCCACGCGAGGCUGAGAUCAUUGAGACCAAGUUCAAGUUGGAUCAGCUCAUUGCAGUGGCCGACCUGGACCUCAAAGAGGAGAAGAUUAACCGGCUGCUAAGUUACAGGAAAUCUCUCAAGCCAAUCACUAAGAAAUCAUUUCUUCAGCAUGUGGAAGAUCUUUGUGCCAAUGACAAUGCCAAGUUUCAGGAGGAGUUUGCUGAGCUGCCGAAGCUGCUUCAGGAUCUGGCCACAUCAGACGCUGACCUGCCGUGGAAUCGCUCCAAAAAUCGCUUCACAAACAUUAAACCCUAUAACAAUAGCCGAGUGAAGUUACUGUCUGAGCCAGGAAUGCCGGGGUCGGACUACAUCAAUGCCAGCUUCGUCUCUGGCUAUCUGUGUCCUAAUGAGUUUAUAGCCACUCAGGGUCCUCUGCCUAGUACUGUCGCUGACUUCUGGAGGAUGAUUUGGGAGACGGGGACCAAAACCAUCGUCAUGCUCACUCAAUGCUUUGAGAAGGGCCGGAUCCGCUGUCAUCAGUACUGGCCAGAACACAAUAAACCCGUCACUGUUUUUGCUGACAUCAUAAUCACUAAACUCACAGAAGACGUGCAUCCUGAUUGGACGGUCCGGGCACUCAGAGUAGAGAGGCACGGAAGUUACAUGAUUGUUCAUCAUUUUAACUACACCUCAUGGCCAGAACACGGCGUUCCGGAGUCCAGCUCCACACUCAUCCAGUUUGUCAAAGCGGUUCGCUCACACAGAGGCCAUGACAACACAACCAACGUGGUCCACUGCAGUGCUGGUGUAGGCAGGACUGGAGUGUUCAUUGCCCUGGAUCAUCUCAUUCAGCAUGUGAGGGAUCAUGAUUUUGUGGAUAUAUAUGGCCUGGUCGCAGAGCUGCGCAGUGAGAGGAUGUGCAUGGUGCAAAACCUGGCUCAGUACAUGUUUCUGCAUCAGAGCACUCUGGAUCUGCUGUCUGCAAAAGGAAACAGUCAGUCCAUAUGGUUUGUAAAUUACUCCGCUCUGGAGAAGAUGGACUCGCUGGAUGCGAUGGAGGGUGAUGUAGAAUUGGAGUGGGAAGAGACCACUAUGUAACAGGGACAUUGUUUCCUGUCAGUCUGUGAGGAGACAUGGGACACACUCAUUAAAAAUCCAGACGCUGGGACUUUGGACCCUGGGGCCAAACACGCUAAGCAAAGGAUAAACGAGGAAUACAGAAGUGAUUCAGAAGCAAACUCAAAUAUUCUCACCUAAACGGAUUGUCUCAGUCUUCCAACCUCUCAUUUACAUCCACCAGACAAUCUCAUCUAUCAAAGUUUUUUCUAAAGUUCUUGUCCAACUUCUGCAAUUAUUUUAUCUCUACCUAGAAUAUGGCACACCACCUACUUAUGGACUCAAAAUGGAACAGACACCAAAAAUAUGUCUGUUUCUUAAGGAAGUAGGAAUAUUCA